GAAUAUUUUGUAUUGAAUAUUCUGUGUAUGCCACAGCUCAUAGGUGGUAGAUGGUCUCUGACUGUCGAACGCGGAGGUACCACCCGGCGGCUCUCGUAGGCGGAGCCAGAAUGUGUGCAUGUUGCAUGCACACGUGUUGCCUCGCCAGAGUCCGUGUGGCGUCCCCCCCUUUUCCAUGUAUCCCCCACGGUACCCAAUGGGUGCUUAGGACUUAGGC